GGGGCAUAUAAAAGAUGGCCUUCCUGGGCAUCUAACCGCAGAACAAGCUCUUCAAUCCACACCCAAUCCCUACUGCACUUUGUGUUUUACAAUCUGAAGCAAUGUCACACCUCUUCAUCAGAAACUUAAGCUUUCAGUGCAAUGAUCUCGGCAAGGAGUCCACGCUUUUACUCACUUUCGAUGCCGACAUGAAAGGCCUCUACCAGGAUUUUUUCCCCGUAGUUUGGAGAGUCAGCAAAUUCGGAAAGACGGGCCCAUACAGGAUGCUCGCAACCUACACGAGCCAGCUUGCCUUUUCCAUACCACAAGUCGUCAGUGGGAACAUUGUUGACGCUGAAACCUGUGUCAAGAUCAAUGACGGAGAAAUAACCACCCUGACCGAUGUCAAUGAUGUCUUCCAUUUCUCUCCGCCUAAGGCGGGAAUCACUGGCGUCCUGCAGGCCGCGAACAAGACUGGGGCUAUCCAGGACAUGGCAAUCGGCUUUAUGAACCCGGGAGACUUGAUGCCCAAGCCAGCGCUCUUCUUCAACGAAGUCGGCGACGGCAGUAACGUUACUGCAAGGUUCACUCCGGUCCUGCGCGCCUACAUCACCUCGGACUAUCAAGAGACUGCAAUCUUGCGAGGUGCCAUCGACACCCCCGCGAUCUGGUCUAAGAAUCUUGCCGCUCUUCCUGAGUCCACUAUCUGGAACCUCAAACGAGACCCAGCCAAUGGACAUUACUCGAUUACCCAGGCUUGAUGAAGGAUCUUCUGCCAACUUGCAACUUCAUUCGGAGUCCCAAAAGUGGUGCUCGUAUUUUACAACGUCGCUCGUAAUCUCAUGUAGCGGCUCGGAAUAUAUAUUUAUACCUCUAUUACUUAGCAAUGUGCUGCACCGUCAGAGGCGAUUUCAAU